GAAAGCAGACGAAUUUGGAAAAUUAGUGGAGAAGAAGACCAGACAACAGUCGCCGGGCAUAACUUCCUUUUAAUUCUAUCAAACAAAAGUGCUUUUGGCCAGUUGAUAAUCAUGGGGAAAAAAUCUAAUGGUGACCCUAACCUUAUUCGUAAAGGAUUGACGCGAGGGAAAAGAGAAGAGUUGAAGAAAUUAGUCGAUGAACUAUUGCAGAAAUGUUCUUACUCAGUAACAUCACAGUCAAAAGAUUUGGAAAUCUACUCAGAAUCCUGGACUCUUCUGGAGAAAAUAUAUGAAAUGGAGAAAAGCUUGGAGAGACCGACAGUCAAAAGAAGCGACGCCUUGCCACCUUUCUUGGAGUGGAUGACUAAUCAUGAUGUAAAGAUGGGUCCAGUGGAAUUAGUUGAACUUCCACUCUAUGGCUGCUGCGUAAGAGCCACAAAACAAGUUAGCACUGGUGAAUUGUUGUUCUCUAUUCCUCAAAAACUGAUGCUGUCCAAUGAAACUGCCGACAGUUCCACUAUAGGGCACUUUAUCAACAAUGAUCCUAUACUUAGCCAAAUGCCAAAUGUUGCUCUCGCCUUUCACGUAUUAAAUGAGCUGUACGACCCGAAAUCGUUUUGGAAACCGUAUCUUGACGCUUUACCUAGUUCUUAUGACACGGUCAUGUACUUCACUCCAGACGAGAUCACCGAGUUGAAAGGAUCUCCAGCUUUUGAUGAUGCCCUCAGGAUGUGCCGCAACAUUGCUCGUCAGUAUUCUUAUUUCUACUCUCUGCUCCAGAAAAACGUGGACCCCGCCUUGUCUAAUCUUCGUGCAAACUUCACGUACAAUGACUACAGAUGGGCCGUUUCGACGGUGAUGACCAGACAGAACCUGAUCCCCUCACAGGAAGAAAUCUCAGGAAAUGAUAAGGACCAGCUGCCACCUGUCAACGCUUUGAUUCCAUUGUGGGACUUUUGCAACCACCAGGAUGGACAGUUUUCGACGGAUUUCCAACUGGAAAGUCGGCGAACGGUGUGUCAAGCUGGCCGGGAUUUCGGUCCUGGAGAGCAGGUCUUCAUCUUUUAUGGAACUAGAACUUGCGCCGAGCAAUUCAUUCAUAACGGCUUUGUCGACAUCAAUAAUGCGCAUGACGCGUUAACCCUCAAAGUGGGACUCAGCAAGAGCGACCCACUAGCCGGCCAGAGGGCAACUCUUUUGUGUAAACUCCGCAUUCUGUCGGACGAGAAGAUUUCGGGUCCGAUAGCGUUCCAAUUAAAAGCUGGGCCGCAACCUGUCGACGGGAAACUCCUGGCGUUCUUACGGCUGUUUUGCAUGACGAAAGAUUCACUCGAUCGGUGGCUCCAGUCUGACAACGCGUCCAACUUGAUGCACGAGGAAUGUGGCAUCGAAACAGAAGUGGAUGACAAGUCGUGGUCUUUCCUGAAAGCCCGUUGCCAACUUCUCCUCCAGCUCUAUCCAACCACAAAAGAGGCGGAUUUGAAGAUGCUGGAAGAGGAUUUGAGCUCGCAUCGUCGGAUGUGUGUCCUCCUCCGUCUGGCGGAGAAACGAAUUCUGCUCUCGGCCAUUGAAUGUGCUGCUCAAAGAAUCAAAAAGUGAGCUAUUUUACCACCUACUACGUCUAUCUAUCCUUUCAAGAGAGAAAAGAAAUGCAAGUCCAUGAACUACCAGCUGCUUUGUGAUCCCGUUAACAGUUUUUUGUGUCAAUUUCAUCCGCCUUAAUCAUAAUAAAAGAACAACAUUGCUUUUUUUGCCUUCCAA